ACUAUCCGUGAGCCCAGCCUACCCUCUGGUGGUCCUUCCACACAUGCUUGAUUGACAUGGACAUUGUUCUCUCUUGCAAUGAUCUGUUUAUCACAUCUAGUGCUUAAUGGUUUUUGCGACUGCACUUAAAGAAACUUGAUGGACUGUCGUUUCUCUUUUCUGGACUUCCUUGAGUGCCUUGUUAGGGUGAAAGAGUUUGAGGUGCCAAGGAUCAAGGCUGUACAGCAGAGCUCCUAUGUGGAGGCCGUGAAGAGGGUUAAAGGAGUAAUAGGGCAUAUUGCUGAAGAUGCACCGCAACCAGUUGCGUGUGUUUUAUGUCGAUCAAGUGAUCUGGAUGCACUCCUUGUGAAGAAGGUGGAUUUUGUAGCAUUCAUAGCCACAGUUAUUAAUUGUAAUGCACACGUGUCCAAGAAGUCCAAGAAGCUGGACAUCAUUGUUUCCGUAGUCAAAAAUGUUUUUGGGGCUCCAAGACUUUACGGCAGACGCACUGCAAGGACUACUGUCACCAGAAAAUGUCCUGCCCUCACAGGAUUCUUCUAAGCCCGUUUGAGCUAAAGGAGAAUCAGAGAUGUGUGCUGCUGUCUACGUGUUGUCUACGGUGAUGGGGUAUGUGCUCACCUCUGCCUUGUUAUUGAAAUGCCCAACACUGCUGCAUCGGCGGAAGAGAGAGCCAUUCCUGAGCAGACACAUAUCCCAUCGUGGAGGGGCAGGUGAAAACCUGGAGAACACCAUGGCAGCUUUCAAGCAUGCAGUGGGCCUUGGCACUGACAUGCUGGAGCUGGACUGUCACAUGACCAAGGACGAGCAGGUGGUCGUGUCACACGAUGCCAACCUGGAGAGGUCGACUGGCAUCAGUGCCUACAUCUCUGACGUGGCCUACGCCGAUCUGCCUCCUUACCUGUGCAAGCUUGGUGUGACUUUCCAGAGAGAAUGUGUCUGUGAGGGAGGGGAGGACAAACGCAUUCCUCUCCUCAGGGAUGUGUUUGAGGCUUUCCCUAAGACCCCUGUCAACAUUGAUAUCAAGGUCAACAAUGACACCCUUAUCAAGAAGGUCUCAGAGCUGGUUGUGAAGUAUGACAGAGAACACAUCACUGUUUGGGGCAACUCUAGCAACCAGAUUGUGCAGAAGUGUUACAAGGAGAACCCUCGUAUCCCAGUGCUGUUCAGCAUGCGCAGGGUUCUAAUGCUGGUGGGUCUCUUCUACACCGGCCUUCUGCCAUUUGUGCCCCUCAAAGAGCAGUUCCUGGAGAUCCCCAUGCCCUCCAUCGUCACUAAACAUCUUAUGAGGGAUCCUGAUAAGAUGACCAGGAGUCAGCAUGUCAUCACCUGGCUGGCAGAUACCCUGCUGAUGAGAAGAGCUCUGUUCAAUCACCUAACAGCAAGGGGAAUACAAGUUUAUGUCUGGGUGCUGAACGACGAGAAGGACUUUAAGAGAGCCUUUGACCUGGGAGCCACAGGGGUCAUGACCGACUUCCCCACAAAGCUGAGGGACUUCAUGGAGAAGAAUGGCACUGCUAAAUCACUAAAUAAACUAAAGACUGAAUGAUCUGCCAAAGUUGCCACUUCCCCACCACUAAAGCCAACUGACCUGUCAAACUAUCUCCAGACUCCAUGUAGAUACAGUAUUGUUUGAACACCAGCACAGGCAGCUAAGAUUAUUUGGCCUUUGUCCUGCAUGUCAACUGGGCAAUAAGCCUUUUUAGUGUAUCUACUUUUACAGAAAGGUUUUGUUCGAUUUAAUUUAACAUGGGUCAGUUCAGAUGUUAAUUGUAGUUGAGGGAUAUUUGAUUAGUGGUUCAAUAUUCAAGUGUGUCUUGUAUUUUGCUGUUUGACAGAUAAUGCACACAUCUGUCUUAUUCAAGACUUAUUUCAGUGCCAGUCUGCUUGUGCUAUAAUGCCAACUCCAUUGCUCAUAGUUGAGCCUAACAUGGCAUGACAAUGAGUGAAAAGGAGUUGGCAUGAAAGCACAGACUGGCAUUACAAUUAGUCUUGAAUUUAUGUAAAGUGAUAAAUAUUUUCACCUGCAGAAUCAAUAGAAUUUUAAGUGUUUUAUAUUUUGCAAUUUUAUAUUUAAUUUUUUAAUUUAAAUAUUGAUUGGAAAAUUGUAUUGAAAUAUGAAAUGUGUUUGAAGUUUGGUCGUGCUGUAAAGACAACUCUCCAGAAAAAUGCAUAGAUUUGUAUGAAACACGGGAAAGGGAUAGAUGUUAACAGAAUGAAGCCAUAGACAUGGAAAAUGUAUGACAAUUGACAAGUCAGUGUCAGAAUGAUUAAAGUGAUUUUUCUGGA